CUUUGCUUCUUGUUGAUUACUUUCUCCAAGAUGAAACCCCUGGUGGCUACAGUUUUCCUGGUAGCCCUGAUGCAACUUUCUCAAUCCUUCCCCGCCUGGUACCACAGAGGAUGGCUGAGAUUGCUAAGGGAAGGGGACAGCUGUGCAAUAUGCAACCUUGAACUGUGCCCCGUGCCUACGGGCUGCCAAGCAGGGACCGUGUUGGACUCGUGCGGCUGCUGUCCCGAAUGCGGGAAUGUGGAGGGGCAGAUCUGUGACUUGGACGAAGGCAGCCAUUUUUACGGGCAAUGCGGGGACAACCUGGAGUGCCGUUUGGACGUCCGCGACAUCAAGUCUGGAGAAAUCCCUGAGCCACAAUGUGUCUGCAAGCUGCAGGGGACUGUAUGUGGACCUGAAGGGAAGACCUACGAGAACAUUUGCCAGUUCCACGAGGCUUAUGCAGGAAAGGGGAUUAAUGCUACCAUAAAGCACAAAGGACCGUGCAAAUCAGCCCCUGUUAUUUCUUUGCCACCUCGAGACACCCAGAAUUUCACAGGGAAUGACGUCAUCUUCGGUUGUGAGGUAUCUGCAUAUCCCAUGCCGCACCUUGAGUGGAAGAAGAAAGGAAAUAAGAUGUUUCUGCCAGGAGAUGAUGCUCAUAUUUCAAUACAGGCAAGAGGUGGACCUCGGAAGUACAGUGUGUCUGGAUGGUUACAAAUUCAAGGGAUCAAGAAAUCAGAUGAAGGUGUCUACAUCUGCCAAACAAAAAACAAAUAUGGGUUUGCCUAUUCAUCAGCAAGGUUGAAAGUUAUUGAUGGCUCAUCAUUAACUUUCCAGAAUAUUCCUGGCAGCUGGAGCACAAGCGAUGGCACAGAUUAUGGAGACGAUUUUGAUUCUGCUGAAGACGAGGAAGAGGCAGAAUAUGAAUCUGGAGACUAUGAAAAAUGAAGCAAGUUUGGAUUGUGUAA